AUGAAGUUCUCACUCGUCGCGCUCUUCGCCGCCUCUGCCAUCGCCGCCCCUCAAUUCGGAGGUGGUAAGGGCAAGACCGCAACCGGCGUUCCUACCGGCUUCCCGGGCUUCCCGACUGGAUUCCCAACUGGAAUCCCUUCUGGGUUCCCUACUGGAUUCCCCACAGGAAUUCCCUCUGGGUUCCCUACUGGCUUCCCCACUGGAUCCGGCUUCCCGUUCCCCACCGGUGGUUUCCCCGGUGGUUUCCCCGGCGGCGAGGACGAGGACGACUCUCUGUUCAACGUCGAGAGUGGAGAUGAUGAGGCUGCUGAUCCUCGCCCAACCGGCAAGGGCAAGGGCAAGGGCACUGGAAAGCCAACUGGCUUCCCUGGAUUCCCUACCGGAAUUCCAUCUGGGUUCCCUACUGGGCUCCCCUCAGGGUUCCCUACUGGCUUCCCCACCGGGCCUGGUGGUCCCAUCCCGACUGGCCGCCCUGGCGGUGAUGAGUAA